AUGAAGCUUGAUUCGGGGGCCGGGCUUGCGGCGGCGGCGGUUCCUCUUCGACUAGCAUUGCUGGGUGGUAUUUUCCUUUCUGUUCCCUCAUUCCUUCUUCACCUCCUCUUGCCCACCGCAUGCGAUGCAACCCUUCAGGUGAACCUAUCUUCCAAGAUUCCCAUGGCGCCAGAGACCCUGAAGUUGGCAGUUGGAGGGGGGAAUUAUGCUCGUUUGAGGAGGUACAUGGAGGGCUCGGAUGAAGCUAUACGAACUUGA